CUUACCUCCAACUAGAACUGGUUUCAUUAAUUCAAGUACCUAAGUCAACUGAACUGACGAGCGCCUCAACUCCAAAUCCAACCCCGCCAUCCAAGCUACAAGCUGCCUGGCCAACUGCAGCCUACACGAUUUAACGUAAAUAUACUCCCAAACUCGUCCUCGGACGUUUACGGCCUGCCUUUUUCUACCAAGGGAGUUAUUAAAUCAUGGCUGCUCCUCCUCCUAUCGUUCUCGAUGGAGGUACCGGUUUCUUAAAGGUCGGAUACGCCGCACAAAACUUCCCCGAAUUUCAAUAUCCAUCCAUUGUCGGCCGACCAAUCCUACGAACGGAAGAGAGGAACAGUGACAAUGACAUCGUUCUCAAGGAUAUCAUGUGCGGUGACGAGGCGGCGGCGGCGCGGACCAUGCUUCAAAUCUCCUAUCCUAUGGAAAACGGUAUUGUUAAGAAGUGGGAUGAUAUGCAGCACCUAUGGGACUACACAUUCUACGAAAAGAUGAAGAUUGACCCAAAAGGACGCAAGAUCUUACUCACCGAACCGCCUAUGAAUCCCCUAAAGAACCGAGAACAAAUGUGUGAGGUUAUGUUCGAACGAUACGACUUUGGCGGUGUUUACGUGGCUAUUCAAGCUGUGCUGGCCCUCUACGCGCAAGGUUUGAGCUCUGGUGUUGUCGUUGAUUCCGGUGACGGAGUUACCCAUAUUGUCCCCGUAUACGAGUCCGUUGUUCUCAACCAUCUUACCCGAAGACUUGACGUGGCUGGUCGAGAUGUGACACGUAACCUGAUCGCCCUUCUUCUGCGAAGAGGUUACGCGCUUAACCGAACGGCCGAUUUCGAAACCGUGCGACAGAUCAAGGAAAAGCUAUGCUAUGUAUCAUACGACCUGGAACUGGAUAAGCGUCUUAGUGAGGACACGACAGUGCUAGUGGAAAGUUACACACUGCCCGACGGCCGAGUGAUCCGAGUAGGCAGCGAAAGAUUCGAGGCCCCCGAAUGUCUCUUCCAGCCUCAUUUGGUAGAUUGCGAACAGCCUGGUAUCGCGGAGUUCCUCUUCAACACCAUCCAAGCUGCCGACGUAGACGUUCGCUCUUCUCUCUUCAAAGCCAUUGUUCUCUCUGGCGGAAGCAGCAUGUAUCCAGGCUUGCCGUCGCGAUUGGAGAAAGAACUUAAGCAAUUAUGGCUCACGCGCGUUCUUGGCGGCAAUCCCGAACGGUUGAACAAAUUUAAGGUUAGGAUAGAGGAUCCUCCUCGUCGUCGGCAUAUGGUCUUCUUGGGCGGUGCGGUGCUGGCAAAUAUCAUGGCGGACAAGGAGAGCAUGUGGAUCACGCAACAGGAGUGGGCAGAACAAGGGCCGAGGAUCCUGGAAAAAUUAGGUCCGCGGUAGAAAACUGAACUGUUCAUGAUUCGAGCCUGCGAGAAGGAAAUUUAGAGUUGAACGAUCAUGGAGUUUUAUGAAGUUGUAGCAAAAAUGAUUCUAAAUAGGUUAGCCCAAGGCGCCAUCGUCGUUUUUAUUUCACCCAAUCCACCUAAAUCGACGUAUUCGUGUCUUAUCUUUCUAGCUUUCCUACCUAGUUAUCUAUUUGAAUUGUUGUAUAUGUGUAACUUACUCGAACCGAAUCACUGUCUCACAC